AUGAAGGAGCUCAAUCCAAACUUUUUCUUUGAAAUAGAUGUGGAUGAAAACCAUAGCAUUAGAAAUGUGUUUUGGGCCGUUGCUCGGUGUAGAGCUGCAUGGGAAUAUUUUGGUGAUGUUGUGACGUUUGACACUACUUACAAGACUAAUAGGUACGACAUGCCAUUUAGGUCUUUCGUAGGUGUCAACCACCAUGGGAUGUCUACGCUUCUUGGGUGCGCAUUAUUGCAGAAUGAGGACACUCAUACAUUCGAAUGGCUUUUUCGUACUUGGUUGAAGUGCAUGGGUAAGGCCCCUAUAUGUGUUAUAACAGAUCAGUCGCUGCAGAUGCGUUCUGCAUUAGAGACAACAUUACCACACACACGCCAUAGAUGGUGCAUAUGGCAUAUCCUAAACAAGAUACCAAACAAGCUGGUAGGUUACCGUCGUUUCGAUAAGCUUAUCACAUGCAUGAAGAGGAUUGUGUUUGAAUCCAAAUCUAAGGACUCAUUUGAGAGAGAUUGGCACGGUUUCAUUGAAGAGUAUGACCUCCACAAUUCUCGGUGGCUAAAUGAUAUAUUUACUAACCGACACAUGUGGGUGCCAGUAUUUUUCAAGGACGAAUUCUGGGCUGGCAUGAGGAGCACACAACGUAGUGAGAGCAUGCAUUCAGUUUUUGAUAAGUACUUAAACAACAAAGAGCAAAAGGAGCUUGAGUGUGACGCUGCUGAUUUAAGGAGUAUUAUCCCCUGUGUUUCUAGCUCACCAAUAGAAAAGCAAUUCCAGAGAGAAUAUACAAACUCCAUGUUUCGAGACGUUCAUGAUCAAUUUAUAAAAAAGACCGAUUGUGACAUCUCCUCAGUCAACCAUCAUGGUACAAGUAUAGUUUGUGAAGUUGACGAACAAAAGAUGGUGUUUGACAUGUCAGUGUAUAGCAGAUACCAAGUCGUGUAUUGCUCGCAGUCAUCAGACGUUCAAUGUGAUUGCUUUAUGUUCCAAUCGAAUGGUAUUCUAUGCUGCCACAGUCUUGCAGUUCUCCUACAUUUUCGUGUGACAGCAGUGUCCUCACAAUACAUUCUAUCCCGAUGGAGUAAGAAUGUUAGUCGGAGACACACAUACAUCAGGAGUAGCAUUGACAUGGACCGUUUUGAUGAAAGCAUGACCAUUUUUAGGGAAUUGUGUUCUGAUUUUUACAACGUUGCUCAGGAUUUCGUGGCUACUCAGGAGGUUGCUGCUAUAUUGCAUGAUGCCAUGGACAAUGCUCGGCAGAAGCUCAAAGAACAUAAGGAAUCCGAGUAUCAAGCUGCACAUGUACCAAGUGCGGUUUACUCACAUACCCGUGAUGAGUGUCCCGUUAGUAUGGAUGAGCUACAUGGCCCACGUCGUGUUCCUACGCGAGGUCAUCCAAUGUCCACCAGACUUGGGGCAGAACUAGAAAAUUCUAUUAAAAAGAGGGCACGCAAACACAAGAACACUCACAAUCGUAACAAGGGACCUAAUGGUACUGCACAACCAUCUCCUACCAAUGUGGCAUCUUCCUACAAAGAUACGCAAUGGGCUUGUUCAGAAAUGACAGAGAAUUUGGCUACGCAUUCUGACUCCUUCAUAUCACUAUUGAAUCCAUUCCAUAACACCGAACAAUUGUGUAUGUGUACCUAG